AUGUAUAUGGCUGAAAGUAAGAUUACACCUGCAGAGAAAUCAGGGAAAGACCUAGGAAAAAUUGGUUACCUGAACUUUCAGGGGAGAGACACGCUUCUGACAAGUGACCUGGAUAAAGGAGGUUUGGAGGAGUAUGUGCUUGGGCUGACCUCUUUAGCAAAAGAGCUGAGCAGAUCUCUCAGCCAGCAGCUGGAAAAUGUUACAGAAAUUAUUCAAGACACCUGCCACUUGCUGAGUGCUCUCCAUGAUAAACACAAAGAAUUGACUGGAAGUCCAGGAUACAAUAGAAUUAUAGAUUAUCUGCAGAAAGUGAAGGAGUAUUUGAUAAAUACAAUCUCACACCUUCAAGAGGCAGAAAAUAUUUAUGCUGCAAGCUGCAGACAAGAUUCUCAGAACCAGACUGCUGAAAAUGCUUCUAGAGAAACAGAUGUACGUUGUUCAGAAGGAGAAGUAACAAACUCUGUGCAAGCAUCUUCCAGUCCGAGUCAGCAAUUCCAAAGAACUCCUUCCCUGAACAAGACAGAUCAAAAUGUUAAUCAAAACCACACAGGUGAAAUUAAAACUGUAGGAAAAAUUGCAUCCUUAGAGGAAAGCCAAUUUCCUUAAGAACAGGACACUGGCAGAGAAUCCCCAAUGAAAAAGGAAGAUGAUGAACACCACCUAUCAGUGGUCUCUUUUACAGAGAAAAAAGAGUGCAAUGGGAAGGAGAAAUUUCAUGGAGGUAGCUUUGUUACUGAAAAGCUUCCAGAACUGUCUUUUCAGGAUGCUCUUACAAACAGUGAGGAAGACAUUUUGUCUGGGACAUUGUCAGGCAUUUGUGACUGAAGCAUCACAAACAGUUUUGAACAGGAGAAAAAGGAAGUAGUCCGGGACAACUUAAAAGGGCUAGAAAGUGAAGAGCACAGACUGACAGAGAAAAUGGAAGACAGUAAAAUGGAAAAAAAUAAUGAAAUUUUUAGAAAAUACCUAAGUACCUUCACAUCUUCAGCACAAACCUAUGAUCUUACUAGUGUGAAUCUUUCUGUGAGUGAUUCAGAAGAAGUACAAAAAUCUAGAUACUGGAUGAACAAAGAAUAUCUAGUCAAAUGGAGUGGUAAAAAUAAACAGGAAGUAGAGGAAAUAGCUUGUUUUAUUAAAGCCCCUGCAACUGUUCUGGAGAAUCUGAAAUGUAACAUACUCAAUGACACUAGUUCCUUGGUGGUGGAUGAUUCUGAGGAGCUGGUCAGCAAUGUCAUCAGUAUUGAAUGUUAUGAUUAUGAAAAACUACUUUUCCCUAUCAACAUUGCAAUCCCAUUUACUUCAUGCUUCAGAGGAAAUUAUCGGGAGAUUAUGGUGAAGGUGACUGAUAUGAACUUUCAGUCAAACUACUUAACUCCUGUUUCUUUGCAAGAAUACCAAGGAAACCAUAAGAAAAGCUUUGCAGAAGUGAAAAUUUAUCAUCUAGGUGUUUUUUCUGUAUUGUCAUACUUAAAGAAGGAAACAUUUACUGUUCCAAAGACAGGACUCUUACAAAAGCUAAACAUGGAUUCUAGAAUCUCUUUCUGUUAGCAUCCAGAAACAUUCAGUUCUCCAGCACCUAUGCAGUUAAAGAUUCAGCCAAUUGAGCCAUCAUUGGUUUCAGCAUUGAAAGCAAGACAUGUUAUGUUUCACUCAGUGAUAUCUACUAGCACACUGGUUCAUGUCCAGCAUCCUUCAGCUCAACCUUUUAAUAGCUCGGUCACUAUUACUCUACCAUGUCCUCCAAACCCAGACAAGAAGAGGCAAGGAGAUGAGACGGAUACAAGAGCCAUUAGUGCUACAGUAAAGAGGGUUUCUGCAGCAUACCAUCCUCAGGCUGUGAGCGCUUCUGUGAGAAAAAGUGGGGACAGUCUCAGUGAUACUUUGAAAUAAUUAGGUUAUGGAAACAAAGAAGAGGGGUGGAAGGUGUUUGAUGAUGUUAUUAUCCAGAAUGCACAGAAUGGGCUUGUAUCUUUUGAAUUCAAUGAGCAUUUAGAAAGCUUUGUGGUCAUUUGCCUGUCAUUCCCUUUGGAAAAUAUGUAUCUUCUCCUCUUUGCUCAGGCUCUGGAAGAAGCUCUCCAAAGCACCAUGUCUAAUGUGAUACUGUAUCAGAAAAGAGAAAAUCCAUAUAAAAUAGUAGUUUUGCUAUCUGUAUCCAAAGAAUUGACCAAUGAACUUCAAAAUCUCCAUGAGGAGGGUUAUUUUGGUCCCCCAGAACCUACACAGCAGUUCCCAUUAAGACAAGGAGAGCAAAUUCAUUUUAGAUUUAGAGGAAACAUUUCUGCUUCAGAGAAUAGAGAAGACUUCAGCAAAUUCUACAGACUGAUUUUUCAUUCACAAAGACAACCAAGGCUCCAAAUUAAAGAAGUGGAUGAAUUUGGUAACCACAGUUCACCUCAUUACACAGGAACAGCAGUGUUUUAUAAAAUUACCAGGGAGAUGAUACCAAAGAAAUGGGAACAAACCUUGCCAUAUGAUGAAUAUCAACACCAGUCUCCACUGUGCAAAUUAGCAUUAACAUUGCCCAAGCAUGAAAAACUGAUCCACUGUCCACAAAGUACAAAAAGAUUUUUUUCUGACUCUUCAGAGGCCCUAUGGGACAACUUGCUGCUUUGGCUUGCAGAAGAGCUUGCAGAAGAUAAUACAUCAUUGUUUGCUUUAUGUUUACCUGUUCGACAGAGCGUAGUUCAGCUUCUUAGGCUGAAGUGCCCUGAUAAUUUCACACACCAGAUCUAUGAGGUGCUUUGCUGCUGGAAAAAGACCCUUCCAAAGUCGGCUGAUAAGCAGCAGCUCCUGUCUCGCUAUUUGCAGAAGAGUGGCAGAAGCAAUCUUUCAGAAAAACUUCAUUUAAAGUGGCAAAAUAAGGUGUUCACUUGA